UGUACACGAUUGGAAACUGACACGCUUUCAAUACAGUUUUAUCGUGGAAAAUACAAUUACUUUAUUUAUUUUAUUAAUAAGCGUCCCUUCCUUUAUUCUUUAUACUGCGAAAUUAUAAACAAAAGCGAAGAUGAGUACUAUACUGGACAAAAUAGCCGCUAUAGAGUCGGAGAUGGCCCGCACUCAAAAAAAUAAAGCGACAGCGCUUCACUUAGGCAUACUUAAAGCCAGGUUGGCUAAAUUACGUCGUGAAUUGAUCACACCCAAAGGUGGCGGUGGAGCUACUGGCGAAGGUUUCGAUGUUGCUAAAACUGGUGAUGCACGUAUUGGGUUUGUAGGUUUCCCGUCAGUGGGGAAAUCUACUCUUCUAUCCAAUCUGGCAGGUGUAUAUUCCGAAGUUGCAGCAUAUGAGUUCACAACACUCACAACAGUUCCAGGCUGUAUUAAAUAUAAGGGUGCGAAGAUUCAGCUCCUUGAUCUCCCCGGUAUUAUUGAAGGCGCUAAAGACGGCAAGGGUCGAGGUCGUCAAGUAAUUGCAGUCGCUCGAACGUGCAGCUUAGUGUUCAUCGUAUUGGACGUCCUCAAACCGCUGCAGCAUAAGAAACUUCUAGAACACGAGUUGGAGGGCUUCGGUCUACGGUUAAACAAACAACCACCAAACAUACACUUCAGGAAAAAAGAUAAAGGUGGCAUCAAUUUGAACACAACUUGCACGCAAUCAGAAUUAGACCUGGAGACAGUAAAGACCAUCCUAUCGGAGUACAAGAUACACAAUGCUGACAUCACUCUCCGAUACGACGCGAACAGCGACGACCUAAUCGACGUCAUAGAAGGCAAUAGAAUAUACGUGCCUUGUAUUUAUUUAUUGAACAAAAUCGAUCAGAUCAGCAUAGAAGAACUAGAUGUCAUUUACAAAAUCCCUCACUGCGUCCCAAUAUCGGCACAUCACAAAUGGAACUUUGACGACCUAUUGGAGAAAAUGUGGGAAUACUUGAAACUCAUCAGGAUAUACACGAAGCCCAAAGGACAACUGCCCGAUUACAAUGCUCCUGUGGUGUUACACGCUGAUAGGACUUCUGUUGAAGAUUUCUGUAAUAAACUGCAUAGAUCGAUUGUUAAAGAGUUCAAAUAUGCUUUAGUGUGGGGCUCAUCGGUGAAGCAUCAGCCUCAGAAAGUGGGUAUCGAUCAUAUAUUGGCAGAUGAAGAUGUCGUGCAAAUUGUGAAGAAAGUAUAAAACUAACUAUCAACUAACAGAAAAGUAUAUUUUUAUGAAUGAAAAGUAUAACUAAAGUUUUGAGUAUCUGGAAAAGAUUUUCGAAUGGUUUCAUUGAAAUCUGUUAUAAUCGUUAUUUAAGUUCAAUAAUGUUUAAUUAACAUUUUAUUUGGGUAAAUAUGCAUUAUUCUUUUAUAUUUCUUGAUCUGUAGUCAGUGUUGUAAAUAUAUUUCGAAAUUAUUUAAGUAAAGUUGAAACACAACCUGUUCAAAUUUCAAAAAUUUGGCAUAUGUGCUUCUAUGAAAUGAUAUUAAAAUUACUGCAAACCUUUACUUAUUGAAAUAAUUUGUGAUUAACAAUAUUCAAAGAAACCAAUGAUAAAAUAUUCUUCAGAUACUUUUUUGAAGUUGUUAUUGUUAGAAAUGUGACAUUAAAAUCAUAUUAUAUGCAAUUAGUUUUAAAAUCCUCAGCAUUUACCUUAAUUCUAGCCACGAAACGAUUAUCAUAAUAAUUGUGAAGAAUAUUUGUGUUUUACGUUUUUUAUCUUAACAUUUUGGCUUAAUGCAUUCAAUUCUUGAUAUUUUUUGAAUGCAUCAUAUGUUGAAAUUCACUCAAGUUUACAGGUUUUUUAUCGUUACCUUUUAAAAGAGAAAGGUUUUUUUUCUAAGCUUUGUUGAUUGUAACAGAAUAGUGCUUGAUUUUUUUUAAAGAUUAUUCAGGAUAUUAUAAGCUUAAAUGACAUAAAUGAAAUAGUCAACAGGAUAAAGGCUCAGACACCUAAGAUAAGUUAGAAAAUUGAUUGACACUCCAUCAUAUCGAACCGUACAAAACCUAUCCUUUGUAUGAAAUUCUAUGCUGUAGCUGCGUUCAGUUUGUGUCUUUUCAAUCUUUUUAGUCUGAAUCCUUCGUUUAUUACAUCCAGAGUAAAUCUGAAGCGUUCGGUAAUUCCGCUCAGAUCAAUCUGAUGUAAAUCUGUUUGUUCGGAGUAUUUUUACCGACGAGAAAGAUUAAUCUGUGAUCUGUCAGGUUUGUUUCUGUAGGUUAGUAAUUAAUCUACGGAUGGUCGGGCCGUUCGGUAAUGGCAAUUUGUUUAGAUUAAUCUGUGAUCACGUGCCCAAAAAUCAUAGAGGUAUAAGAAUAGAGUAGGGGAGAUAUAGACUCUACUACAAGUGGAAGUGCUUUCUCUCUCUAAUUGCGCAUGCGCAUUGGCAACCGUAAGCAUCAUACUAUUUCGAUGUGAUGCCAUUGGAUGCCAUGCGUCACUAGAAAGAGAGAUAGCUAGCGGUCUCUCAUCUUCUUUCUCUUUCUACUAGACGGACACAUUUAGAGUUGCCUUCCCCACUCUAUUCUUAUACCUCUAUGGCCCUAAUUCAGUCCUCUGCGAUGCAAAUACCGAACUUUUAUUGCAUACUAAAGGUGCGUUCAGACUACGCUAUACUAGUGCGUUAUAUAUAGUAAAGCGCGUAUAGCAAGCCCUUUAUAAUGUUGUAUAGCCUGAUGUGAAAGUGUCUUAUAUAUACGUAUAAUACACGAUAUCGUACUUUGAACUAUAAUAAUAUAUAUAUAAUCAUCAAAAGAGUCUAAGCAACAUGAACUUUUUGAAGUGAAACUUCUGAAACUUCUUUUCGAAAUGAGUGAGUGAGUAUGCCUUACGCACGGCAUAAUGUAAGGUUAUUUAAGAAAUGAAGUUUCACUUCAGAUGUGUGGUCCGUGCACACAUUUUUUUUAUUUAAAUGUAUGUAUCUAUUGCCUGGGGCAAAUAUCUGUAAUGAUGGAUAUAAGUAUUUGGAUAUAAAUAAAUAAACUUUUGACUGAUUAUAAAUAUUUUAAUACUUUGUUCUUCUGUUAAUUAUAAAUAUUUUAACACUUUUACUCUUCUGUUAAUAUUAACCAAUUUGAUUUAUAAGUGACUUAAGUAAAAAUACCUUUGUAUAAAUCUUACAUUUCAUAAGAUUUGAUGAGUGUAGUAUAGCAUAGUCUAAACGCACAAUGACAGUUCGAGAGGCGUCGAAUAAUCUACGCGGUGAGCACAAACAUUCUCUGUUUACAUGGAAGAAGAUAGCGUUUUGAUCCCUAGAGACUCAAAAAUAUUUUAAUUAGGAAUAUAUAUUGUUAGUAAGAGUUCCGAUCACUAAAGAGAUCAAUCACUAAAAUUUUACUAUUCUAAAUUCCUUUGCUCCGCUCUGGAUUAUAAAAAAACAUGCGCGUCUCGGGACGCACGACAGAAUUGAUAAUUUAAACUAAUCUAAGCGGCGCGGCGGGAGAGUGAGAGACGUGGAGCCUGCCUAUCGCUGCCGUAUGCGUGAUAGGAAGGGAAGCCAGACUGGCGCCGUAACGCGUUACGUAACGAAGCGGUUUACCCUCCCAUAAGAAGUUAUCACUUCAAAAAAAGACUCGCCUUUAAAAUGUUCUUUGCUCCAUUAGUAAUUAAUCUACUAUUUGCAUAAUGGUUGACGGCUGAAGAACGGGGAGGUGAUAGCGGAUAAGAGAUACGAUGCUGAUCUAUUUCCAAUUGGUUAUUUUAAAUGUCUAAAAGUAAAUACAACCGGCGUCAAAUCAUAAUAAUUACCUAUGAGUUGCAAUUUUUUUAUUGUUUAGAAUUUGACACUAACUGUACACUGUUUUUUUUGUAAGGUAUACACAUUAGGGUUGUUUUACAAUGUUGUACAGAAUGCUCAUUAAAGUUGUAAAAGCUU